CAAAAAAUAACGCAGGUGGGCUCGAGGGGGCGGUGGAGGACCAGCUGUCAGCAGCCUGUGGUAGAGCUGUUCUCUGUGAUCAGGUCUCAGCGACGGUGUGUGGAGGGGACAAGAAAAACCAGUUUUAGUGUCACCGCCCGCUCCAGCUCUCCCUGUGGGGGACGAGGGACGACUGUUUGCGGACAUGGCUGCCCUCGGUAAUUCGGCCACCACAUCCAACCUGGCGCCAAAGACGAAGACGAAAAAGAAGCACUUCGUGCAGCAGAAAGUGAAGGUGUUUCGAGCGAGCGACCCCGUCCUGAGCGUCUUCAUGUGGGGCGUCAAUCACUCGAUCAAUGACCUCAGCCAGGUCCCUGUACCUGUCAUGCUGCUGCCUGAUGACUUCAAAGCCAACACGAAGGUCAAAGUCAACAACCACCUCUUCAACAAAGAAAAUCUUCCGGGACACUUUAAGUUCAAAGAAUACUGCCCUCAAGUCUUCCGAAAUUUAAGGGAACGUUUUGGUAUCGAGGAUCUGGACUAUCAGGUGUCGUUGACUCGUAGCCCCCCAGUGAGAAGCUUUGAUGAUCAGGGAGAGGGUUUGCUUCUCAACUCUUAUGACCGUACGCUGGUCAUCAAGCAGAUCUCUAGCGAAGAUGUUGCUGACAUGCACAACAUCCUGUCAGAGUAUCACCAGCACAUUGUAAAGUGUCAUGGCAGCACGCUGCUGCCACAGUUCCUGGGAAUGUACCGGAUGAGCGUGGACAGCGAGGAGACCUACUUGUUGGUUAUGAGGAACGUGUUCAGUCACCGACUGCUGGUGCACAGGAAGUAUGACCUGAAAGGCUCUCUGGUGGAUCGGGAAGCAAGUGACAAAGAAAGGGAAAAGGAGCUUCCAACCUUAAAGGACAUGGAUUUCAGGAACGACAUGCAGAAGGUAUACGUCACUGAGGAGCAGAAGGAGAAGUUCAUGGAGAAACUCAACAAAGAUGUGGAGUUCCUUGUGAAGCUGAAGAUCAUGGACUACAGCCUCCUGCUCGGGAUCCAUGACAUUGGCCGAGCUGAACGAGAGGAGGAGGAAGGAGGGGAGGUGUCCAAUGAGGAGGAGCCAGAGACCGAGAACGGCCUAGCUGCGGGCGCUACAGUGGGCUCUUACGGAACCUCUCCUGAAGGAAUCGCUGGCUACAUGUCCUCCUGCAAACCCCUGGGACCCGGAGAGUUUGACCCCUAUGUGGACGUGUACGCAGUCAGGAGUUGUCCAGGAGCCCCUCAGAGGGAGGUCUACUUUAUGGGUCUGAUAGAUGUACUCACGCAGUACGACACCAAGAAGAAAGCCGCUCACGCAGCCAAAACCGUCAAACAUGGGGCUGGUGCUGAGAUAUCCACGGUCCACCCUGAGCAGUACGCCAAACGAUUUCGUGACUUCAUCUCCAACAUUUUUGCAUAAAACUGAUAAACGCAGCCAGAUGUUCCAGCUGAAGUCUUCCACUGUAGACUAACACUACUUUAUCCACUGGGAUCCUUACCUGGUGACCAGACUAAACUUUAGAUGUAGCAGUAUCAUGUCAAACUUCUGAUGCAUUUAUUUAUUUUUAUGGUUGAAGAUUUAUUUCUAAUAGGUAUUAAACUCUCUGUAGGAAGUCGCUUUGAAGCAAACUGCUUUCGAUCAGUGUUGAAAGAUGUAUUUAGAUAUUUUCUAUCUUUAUUUCCAGUUUAGUUUCUAACCAUAAAUUAAAAUGUUGAUAUUAAAAUGUGUGCUUUGUUGCACAGAAUCUAAAAUAAACAGACAUUAUUUGCCGUUUUUCUCAGAGAAUAUUAGCUUAGCAUGAAGGGAAGUAUCUCUGCCCAAACUAACACUAAAUUAAAUGGUAAUAAAGAAGUUUUUAUAAUUCUUGUGAAGCAAACCCCAAACCAUUCCAGCAGUUCACCGCAGCCUUACGGGUGAACUCUGGGUGUAAAAAUCUGAUCUGGUUCGUUCAUUGUACAGCUCCAUGUUAGUUUUGAGGCUUUAAUGGAAUUAAUGUAUGUUGACGUUGGACUGGGUAAUGCAUGGGUUAGCAGUUAAAGGUGUUGUUGACUGAAAAACCUUUUUUUUUUUUUUUUGAUUAUAAUCGGUCACUCUGAGUUUUUCAUGCAGGCUGAGCAUGAAAACGGUCUCCUACAACUAUCUCGUGCUUUAGCUUCUGAUAGAAAAUACAGUGAAACUCUAGGAUUUGAAAAUCCUCACACAUCUGUCACUGACAUUCAUGGCCUCGCCCAUCUUGGCUUGUGCACGCCCAUAGGAAGGAUUUUUUUAAUUAAUUUAUUUAUUUUUUGCAGCAAGAGCGAAGAGUGUGCUGGUGUUGCCACUUUGCAACAUGGCUGAACGCAUUCUGUUAGCCAAUCAGAAGCGAGGUAAUAAUGAGUCAUCCUGCUGUUCUCAGCCCACCUCUGCACCAGCAAACUUCUGCAUCUCAGAAAAGGAGCAUCAUAGCUGUUUUAAAAUGUCUACACUAGAGAACACUGCAAAUGUUUUGAAUAAAUGAGUAAACCACACCUUUAAUAUGAGUCAAGAUAACAUGCACUAACACAGCAACCAAAGGGCCUUUUUAUUUUUCAACCCUCUGUAGCACCUUCAAUAGAUAAAUUUUCUAUGUAAAAGUUAUUUUCUUACCUGUUGUGGAAGCGGCCUCUGUUCAUAGAAAUUAAGUGAAUGCUCUUUAGGAUUGAUAAGCUAAUGGCUAGAGAUGCACCAAAAAUUGGCUUGCAAUGACGUUAUAGAGGUUGGCUAAAAAAAUCACUGGUGUUGAUCUGCGGUCAGACUAGCCGUUAGCUCUUCAGUCCUGUAAACUUAAGUUCUCUGAAGAGAAAUUUUAAGAAGGUUAUGUACAACCGAUGAGAUAGGAGUCCAUUUUCACUUGGACACAGAAGCGCAUGGCUGAAAAGAGUUUGGUGGCUUGAGUGCAUGGUUUAGAGUUUACCCAGAGAGACUCCAGCCUCAGUCCCAAAGCAGACACAAGAUGCUUUUAGAGGUGAGUGUAGGUGGAUCAGGUUCCUCAUGGACAGAGUUACUUCCGUUUCCACUCUUCAUGCUCUGCUAACUUUUAUCAGUUUGCUGUGCAGACACACCCUUAGCCACAAGAUGAGAGUGAAAAAAGAAGCAGAAAUGUCGUUCAGUCUCCUAGCUUCCCUCUAGAUGGAUGAGUAGUUGUAGUGUAGAUGAGUGUAAUAUGCAUCUUUAGUAGCAGGCCAACAACGGUUUGAGUGCCAAACAUGUGGGGCUAACGCUUUCUCAGAGCAGAAUUUGCACUUUGCAUACGAUCGAUUGAGCUCUUGUGACAGAGCAGUGGAAUCGAGCAGCAUGGAAGGAUCUAAUACUGUUUUCUACUAAACUAGUUUUUUUUCUUUUUAAAGAAUAUUUACAGAACGGCCGUGUUAGCGGUUGGAAAUAGUCCAUCAUAUCAGUACAUGAAUCCUGUGAACAUGUCUUCCUGUUGCGUGUCUAGCUCCACCCUGUGUGGAGGACCACCAGGGACCAGAGCUUCUGAGCACACCCAUCCUGGUUCUGAUGAAACUGUGCUUGUGUUUAAAUGUUAAAUGUACUCUGUGUGUCAUUUAGAAGAGUAAAGUUGCUACUGUAGGAUUUAUCUGCUGUUUUAGAUUUAGAGAACUGUGUAAACCUUUAUUGAUCGUAACACUACUUUUCAGCUGCUUGGCCUUAAACGGUGAGAUGAUCUGGUAUUCCUGGACUCAGAAAAGGCAGCACAGAUGCUCUGUACGAUGGCUCGUCUAAUCAAUUAUUGCACAUGUAUUUUUGCAAAUCAGCUCUUGGACCAAAAUAUAUUUUAUUAAGAUUUUCUGGAAA